CUUAAAGAGAAAUAUCUAGCACUUACUCGUUUUUUCCCAACAUACAGUAUUACUUUUGAUCUGCCGCGCUUUCUAUUUGAUUUUCUCGCUUAAUCUGUAACUAUCCUAAAUUUCCGAGGGGUUGUUUGCUUGGUUGACUAAUCUACGAGAAGAGUAAGCAGAUUGUGUUAUGGGUAUGAGCCAUUGCACCAUCCCUGAGCGUCGGCAGAAGCCUGAGCAGGACGCAAGGGUGUGCUCUGUGUUCUGAGAACCAGCUAGUGGAUAUCUAGACAUCGGAGAACGAGCAACGACCAGAAUUAUGUCUUACUAUAACCGAGAACUGGUGGUAUUUUUUAUCAAAUAUAAACUCUCGCAGAGGAACUACCCCUGCAACCACAUUGGACUUACAGAAGACACAAAUCGGACUGAUGGGGCUGAAGAGAAUGGCGAGGGGGCAGCAGGAACGACAACCCUUGUUAAUGGCACCAUGAACAGAACGAACGCUAGUUCCACUGGGACCCCACCACAGUCUCCUGCUUCAUCCCCCCAGCGUCAGACAAAUGGGUCUGGGGGUCUAGACGCAGUGAAGGAGGCGCUCCGUGACUCUGCCAACGAGUUUGAGCUGCGCUAUUCCAGAGCAUUCAACGAUCUCUCCUCACAGCUCCACAUCACACCCGCCACAGCGUACCAGAGCUUUGAGAGCGUGAUGGAUGAGGUGUUCCGCGACGGUGUCAACUGGGGCCGAAUCGUGGGGCUGUUCGCAUUCGGAGGGGCUCUGUGCGUCGAGUGUGUGGAGAAGGAGAUGAGUCCGCUAGUGGGACGCAUCGCAGAAUGGAUGACUGUCUACCUAGACAACCAUAUUCAGCCCUGGAUCCAAAGCCAAGGAGGAUGGGAACGCUUUGCAGAGAUCUUUGGAAAAGAUGCAGCGGCGGAAAGCAGAAAAUCUCAAGAAAGCUUCAAGAAAUGGUUGUUUGCAGGAAUGACCUUGCUCACGGGUGUCGUCGUUGGGGGACUCAUUGCGCAGAAACGCCUGUGAAGAUGAGGAUAACUGAAGAUCCAAAUACACCCAUGGCUUCAUUUAGACCUCCAGCAAACAUGAAGGAACUUAAAAUACUUUUGUUUCACAUUUGUUUCCCUUUUUAUUGCCAAGAAAUUUCAUGUUUACAUUCCACAUCCCACCGUGUGCUGUUGACUGAGUGGAGCGCACCCGUGAUGUCCCAUCACAUGACCCAGACUGCAUGAGGAUGAUUGGCUUUUAGCUGACUAAGAAAAAGCAAAGUCAUGUUUCCUUUAUAGCCUGUAUAACGAAAUGAGAAAAAUGACUCAAUCAGUCAAAGAAAAACAGGACUAAUACCAUAGUCCUGUCUUUAAGAUUUUUUGUUUGUUUGUUUUAAUAUAAAUGAUUAUUUUCAGCGUUAUCAUCAGUCCUUUUAAGUAUCUUUAUUAUUCUCUUAUUUUCAGAGACUGGCAAAAACUGACAAGGACACAAACAUUUUAUCUUUAAAUCUAAUUUAAGCUAAUUUUGAGUCUCGAGGUAAUGACCUAAUGAUAGAGAAGAAGUUGCAGCAUCUGAACUGAAUUUGAAAUAUUCAGUCAUUACAUCAGCACUGACAUUUCUGAGGAAUGUUGUUGCUGUCUGGAGUGCCAGAUAUCAGCUCGAGAGCAGAGAGGCACCUUACCGUCCUGGCACUACACUGAAGCGCCCGCUUCCUCUGCCAUCUCUACCAUUAGAGGACAGUGUGGAUAGCAGAUGAAACAUGUCUGUGUGAGUGUGUUUUAUGUGUUGUUUUCUAUCUUUUUUUCAAUUAUUGUUCUGUUCCAUUAAGCAUGCACAUUUGAUUCACUUUAAAUGUGUGUGAGAACCUGCAUGGGCAGGUUUAAAAUCCUCUGGAGCAAAAAUCGUCUAAAGGACCAACAGUUAUGAGAAAUUAGUUCUGUUCUGAGAAGAAGUUGUGUAUGUUUAUUGUUUGAUGUUUGAUUUAUUAAACUUUAGUUUCAGCUUCAGAUUUGGUAUCACGCAUAACUCUGUAUCUUUAAGAUCCUAACUAGGUAUAGAAGAGAAGUGGAUGAAUAAGGAGUGAGCAUUUCACCCUUGUUUUGUCUGUGGCUGCCCACAACUGUGCACGAAAAUUACUACAUUUAAGCAAAAAGUUCAUAGAUUAAACCAUAUUGCCACCAGAGCGCUCUGUGUCUUACAUGGUCUUGGGAUUGAGGAUGUAGCCAGUACUGGGAAUACAGCUCUAGCAUUUGUAACAAGCUAAUAGAUACUAGGUUUUGUUUUAUUUGGAAUAUAAGGUGUGCGAUAACAUGCAGUGGUUGUUGGAAAGCAAAAGUUUGUUUGAAAUUUGCAGUAUAUUCAACUUUAAAUAGCCAAGUUAAAAUGCUAGUCUCAGUUCAGGUUUCUUAGCAUUCACCUUUCCAGGUGUAAAUGUAAAUUCCUACUCGGCAUUCUUGGGUUUUGUUUUAACUCCUACUGUGUAGUUGUCCAUGAUGUUUUAAACCCUGGCUGACAGACAUAUUGGGUCGGAUAACCUCAUGGUGCUGCUGUGGAAAAACAAAAUAUUUAGUGUUUCACUGAACUCAUUUCAAUGAACCGUUAACGAGUGAAUGAUUUAAAAUAAUGUUUUUGAUUUGCAAACCUUAGAAUAGCUAGGAUAAUCACUCAGUUUACCCCCGUUUUCCUCACAGCUCCAGAUUCCCGCCGAAUCUCAUUUUAAACGCUUUGCUGUCGGAGCGGUUAAGCGCGUGUCAGUUUAUGCGCACACCUGCUGCUUUUACGCCCGUCUCGUGUCAAACUCCAUCAAGCGCUAGGAGAUGACGGGAAAUCGGCUUUAGUCUUCAGAUCAUCAUUAAUUCAAAUAGGACGUCAAGUUGAAUAUUCCUCGCCGCUUCCGACUAGUUGUGAUUGACGAGCUGGUUAAUUCAAACCGAGGUGAUGAAAGUAGUGACGGUACAGGUGUGUUACCAGCCUUCAGCUCCGUUGCAGAUCUCGCGGGGGAUCUGUCUUUUGUUGUGUCAAUCAAAAGAUACCAAGCCUAAAAGUAACAUCCUUUGAGACCUAACCUAGAAAUUAGAUGUCUGCGGUAUAGGGCUCCCCGGAAAGUUAACAUUUAAACGGGUAGUUUAUGAGAAAAGAUACAGUCUCGCCCGUUCGCUCCCAGUAGAACUAUUAUGCGAAGUUUUCCAGGACAGCCUAUAUUUGAAAUGGUCCCUGUUUACUACUUCAUGUGAUUUUUGUUUUAUUGUCACCGAAAUUUCAGUGCACAUUAAUCCAAAGAAGAAAAAAACUUGCUCAUCAUUCAAUCCUUAUCUUGUCAUCAACUCGCCUUUUUAUGUUAGUAGUUUAUAAUGAUUUAAUGCCGUUAUAAAACCGUUCAAGUGUAAUAACAAUCCUUCAACUCCUGAUUCGAUGGGAAACGCAUACACUUUCUCGAUUACUACAAGUAAUGGGGUAUAUGCACAGAGACUUUUAAUUUCAGCCAGCCAGCCUCAGCGCUUCCGGUGAACUCUUUCCAUUAUAAAAUUGCCACGUUUAAUGUCUGAUUUCUUUAAAUAUCAGUGGUCUUCACUGCCUGAUUGAUAUACAAUAUAAAGUCGGUUUCAGACCGGAUGCACUGCGUUAAAUUAAAAUUUUCCCUGCCAUCAAAAUAUUCAAAUAUAUUUUCAAUGGAGUUUCUGCGCUAGCCCGCUGCCAAUGACGGCGUUAGCAUUUACACUGUCUAUCAUCUUGUUUUAUUCUUGAACAACUAAACGAAUGCUUAAGUCUAUUUAACUGAAUGUAUUUUAAUAACAUUACAACUUCGAUGCUUUAAAAGGAACCUUAUGAAAUUGAAAAUAGUCACAUAAACCAUUCACCGGAGGUUUAUCAUUGGCUAAAAAACACUAGCUGUGCAUAUACCCCAUUCAUAGCAUAUGUACAAUGGGUUGCGAAUACAACUUAGGUUGUCGACUUCAAGUUUGAAAUGUAAAGAUAUUUAAUUGGCAACUGUAAAUCCAGCUCUUUUAAACUCUUAAGUUGCGAGUGAACUGUUUAAAUAGCAAUGUACACAUUAUAUGGUGAGUCUCAGCAAAUUGAAAUUGCCGACAUUUACACUUUUUGCUGCUCUGUAGACACUGAUUUCACAGAAAACAUUCCGUGUUAUGAAAUUUGCUGCUUGCAUGCUUAGUCUGUGUCUGUCUGUCAUGUUGCAGUGUGUUUGUGUGAGCGUGUGAGUGUGGGCUUGUUUGAGCGACGUGUGUGGUUUGAGAUUGACAGUAAGCUUUAGAGUGAAAUGUACCAGCAUUGGCACGACACUAUGUAAACUAGUUAACUUAAAUGACAAUUAGACUAGCUCAUCAUAGCUUAGUGAAAAUAUUUAAGGCAUUUGAUUAUUUGAAAAUAUUAUUUAUGAUAUUUGGUGUAAACGCAUAUUGUUCCUUCCUAUGGCCUUAAAAACUUCAUCAUUAUUUCUUUUGAAGUGUAUUUGUUGCUCAUUGUGUUUGUAUUUAGCCAACUUAACCUAAGCCUAAGAGGACAAGAAAGAAAAACUAUUUUUUUAAGGUUUUGGGUUUAUUUAAACAGCUUCACCCCUGAAUUAAUUGUUUUAUGUCUUAGGACUUUUUUAAAUGUCUGAUAUCAUUAAAUUAAAUAAAGACCCAUUGAAUUCA